UUCAACAUGGCUGCCAUAGUUGUUCUCCCUUCGAUGUGCCCUAUGGAGGCUGAUUGAGCCAAGCUUACACUGCACAGUCGCCCUGCGACUCACAGACUUAUUUUCGUCGUGCUAGUGCGAACACUGCAGGAUUGAUCAACUGUAUCAAUUACACCGGCGCAUACUUUCUCUGAAUUAUUCGCAAGCUCGUCACAGCGCGCACACCUGACGACAAGACAUCUAGAUAUCAAGCUGUUUUGAAAAGUGUCGUUGCGUCUGACACUAGUCUCGUGUUGUCGCAGGAGUUCGCACAUUACAAGACCGUUCGUCGUGAGGUCUGAGACUCCUCAUAGCAGACCAGACGUCGCCGACUCGAAACAUCAGAGGAGACGUGCUUUAAUCACGUAGUGUACACUAUCCAGUGUGUCCCCGUUGUGUGUUUCCCAGAAGAAUGCCAUCUAAAGGAAAGCGCAUGUGGACGGUGCAUAUGGAGGAGAGGCUCAUUGCUCUUUGGAGCCACUAUGCCUAUUUGUAUGACAUAUCCGAUAUGUUAUAUCAUGACAGACCACUGAAAGAGAAGAAAUGGUUGGAGAUCGCUGCAGAACUAAAUAUACCAGUUGAAGAUGUUAAACAGAGGGCUGGGUCAUUAAGGACACAGUAUUCCAGGCUUCUGAAGCCACGUCCAAGUGGCAGUGGUGGCAAACCUCUAACAUCCAAACAACGCUGGCUCCUGGACAAUUUGGAGUUCUUAAGGAGACAUUACACCCCAAUGCUCAGUAAAAGUAGUUUGAACCUUACUCCAGAACAGCCGGAUGUUGGGCAGAAGCCAUCCGAUGUUGAUGUAUGCCAGGAAUUUGCUUAUGAAGUUGGAAGUUUUUCAGAUACGUCUGAAAACAUUCCGGACUCUAAGAGUGUACCACGGCAGACAACUCCACAUCGUAAACCACAUCAGGGCAAAAAGAGAACGGUUUCGAACUUGGACACUGAAGUGGAGGCGAUCGCUGUGUUUAGAGAGAUGUCAGCCACAGUAAUGGCUGGCUUUAACCAAGGAAAUGAUUUGGAGGCCACUUUUGCUCAGCAGAUUGCAUCCGACCUGCGUGAAAUCCAAAGUCCUGCGUUACGCAAGAUGGCCAAAAGACAAAUACAGAUGUUGGUCUAUGAAUAUCAAGACAAAGACCAGCUUGAAAGGAGGGAGACUUCAUGAUCACAGAGUGAACACACUGUCAGCAAACUGUUUUUUGUUUGUUUGUUUGAACUUUUGUUCAUGUUUCACUUGUCAAAAGAGGUUCAAAAGACAAAUGCAGAUGUUGGUCUACGAAUAUCAAGACAAAGACCAGCCUGCAAGGAUCGAGACAAUGUGAACAGACUGUCAGUAGAAAAUGUUUGUUUUUGUUUUUAUGUGUAUUAUUUGUUUUAACUUCUGUUCAUGAUGUUGUACUUUUUCCCCUCUUUUUUGCUUUCUUGCACAUUUGCUGCUUGACAACAGCAUUAUUUGUACCUUUUGUUUUACUCUUCAAAUGUGAACUAACAACUUUUCAUUUUUAAUUAACUAUUUUUUUCUUUAUUUAUUACUUGGUGUUAUAUUGUGCCACAUAACAUAUACCUUUUAUUUAUGAAUAUUGCCACUGUGUACUUCUGUAUUGUGAGAUUAUACAUACAUUUUACAAUUUGUAUUUUUCACUUUGCUGUAUUUUAUUUUAUAUAUUUUAAGCAGCGUUCACUUUCUACCAAAUGACAGGCACGUUUUUGUUGCCCAGCUCUUUGCGCACAUGACCAUAAAUGUGUGAAAUCUUUUUAUAUUAAGGACCUGGUCUUUUUGUACCUUUAACAGUGUCUUUUAGCAUAAUAGUUUAAGAGGCAGACAAUUAGCAGGGAGGUACCAUUUGCAGGCUAUUAAACCAUUCUGCAAAUAUAAACAGUUUAUGUGUGACACAGAUAGUUCUUUUAGCACAACAAUGGCAAUACAACCACAUGAAAAUUCUUGAACAAACAAUACAUGUGAACUCAGUACAAAUGCUUCUUUAACAGUGCUUUUUAGCAUGACAAUGUCAGAAGCAGACAAGUAUCAAGAACCUGCAGACUUUUGGACCUUUAUUGGAAAAAGAGUAUUCCUGAUUAUAAUUUCUUAAUGGUAAUGGCCCAAUUUUAAUUAACCAUAACAAAACCCUGAUAUCAUGUUACUUAAAGGGAUAGUUCACCCAAAAAUGAAUCUUUCAUCGCUUACCAGCUUUCCUAGAUGUGUACUUUCUUCUGCUUGAACACAAAGAUUUUUGGAAAAAUAUUACAGCUCAUUCAAGUGUUGAAGCUCCGAAAGGACAUAAAGGCAGCAUAGAAGUAAUCCAAAAGACCCCAGUAGUUAAAUUGUCUUCUGAAGCGAUGCACUCACUUCGGUUGAGAAACAGAUUGAUAUUUAAUUCUUUUUUUUACAAUAAAUCUUCACUUUCGCAUUCUACUUUUGAUUUUGGCGAUUUGCAUUCUUUGUGCAUAUCGCCACCACCUGGGCAAGAGGAGAAUUUAUUGUAAACAUACUUGUGAAGGUAAAUCUGUUGCAAAACUCCAGUGUUUGUAGAUUUGAAGUUGAGAACUUGUACAAUAAAUAUUUCUACUUGUAAGUUGAAAUUUACACUCACAG